AAUACGUUAAUUACGGGUAUUAUAAGAAUUAGCUUCGGCCUAGGUAAAAAGAUCGUUACCCUAAGUAUAGUAGAAAUAAAAAUAUACUUUAGAACGAUAACUUUUUAUAUUUUACCUGUUAAUACCCUAUUUUUCUUAUAUUUAAAAAAUAUAAAUUAA